AUGGACCUUCCAGUCGCCUUUGAAACAGGCAGCCACGGCGAUAAAGCGCUUGGACCAAGCUCGUCCGUGACUGCUUCGCCGUCUGGCUCCGCUUCUUCUCUCCUCUUUGAACCCCUAAACACGAUCAUCACCAUCCACAACGCCACCUUGCUGAUGGCCUGCCCUUCGAUGGCAGCAUUUGCCAUCAAACGACUCUGUGGAUACCCGCAAUCUCGCGUCGUCGCCUCGCGGCGUCGGCUUGGUGAGUCACGCGUCUUGCCAGCAGCGCCAGCACAAACCGAGUCACUGACACUGCGAGCAGUACCGCGCCCGCUGGGGGACCUUUUUAUCCCCGGCGGGCAUUAUGAACCUCGCAAUGCUGUAUUCUCGGGGCUUGGCCAACAAGCGCCCCCGGAUGCUCGUGCAUAUCGGCGCCCAGCCAAAAUCAAGACAAUCCAAACACCGAAGUGCGGCGUAUGCCAUACUCGUGGGCUGGACGUCCCUGACCCACCACAAGCUGCCCCCGACCACACGAGCGCUAUCGAUGUCGACCAGCAUCCAAUCCGAAGUUGGCACCGAGACGCCUGCCUUCUUGGAGAAGAGAAACAAAACACAAUUGCGGGACUCAACCGCCUUUUCAAGAUCAACGCUGCCAUCGUUCAGGGCCUCAUCGAGGACAAUGCGGACAACGCCAGAGAUGCCCUCAUCCUGGUCAUCUCCAACCCAGUCAACAGCACUGUUCCAGUGGCCACCGAGGUCUUUGGUGAAGAAGUGCAAGUUGACUCCAAUCGGCAUCAUGUUCAGCUACUUCCAUGGCUUGCUCAACCUCUUGGGCUUUGUCUUUGGGGUUGGAACUGGACCUGGUCGCUCUGUCCCGGGUUGAGGAUACUCCUUGCUGUCAGAGAUGGUCGCUUCGGCGAUCACAAUAGGUUAACCACACGUUGGUCGCUCGGCGAGGCUUUGAUGAGGAAAGAUGCAAUGGGCCGCCUCGCACUCCGUGUCGCCACGCUAGGCGAUCACAACAGGAGUGCGUUGGCGGCCGGGUCUCAGCAUGAUAAUGCCGCAUUGGGCAUUUCCAAAGGUGACGAGGUGGUGGUCCGAUUAUUUUCUUGGCGUUCAUAUGAGCGACUUCGCACAGCUUCGGAUCGUUUUGACACCCCAGCGACACGUGAACGAGCAUCUGAACCAACUCACAUCACUCAUAUCGCACGUGCUACCACAAUGUCUUGCUUCACUUCACAGCCCAGCAACACCUCUUCCACCCACAUACGCCCUAACGGCUGUCACCUUCUCCGCCACAGAUACGAUGCCUCAGAUCUGGCAUCACUUGUGACGUCGCAGCUGAUUGAUGCCGACAUGCACGAGCAAGUCCAACGUAGCAAAUUGGUAGAAUGGCGUGAAGUGACCAGCCGACUGAAAGCGCAUCUGAAAGAGACGGGAGAAGUGCCAAGAAAAGGCGAGAUGGAGCAUUUGAUAGACCUCAUUGCGGCAAUUUUCCUUUCUUACGGGCUCAAGCACGUGAAGUUUUGCUGGAAAAGGUCGAAGAACGCCUUCGGCGUAACCAUAUCUGGCAGACAGCCCGGCGAGUUAGAUGACUGGGUCGAGGUCCAGAUCGAUCCGGAUGAUUGGCACGUGAAAGCUGGCACACCUGAUCACUUCACUAGCAUCAUCAGCACGCUGCUGCACGAGUGCGUUCACGCCUUUUUAGACUCAUAUACAUGUGACGGAGAGUGCCAGAAUAGCACGUGA